AUGGGCAAAGCCAAGCCGCAGAAGGAGGGCAAGCCUCAGUGGAGACCCAAACGUCCUGCGGCGGCAGUAGCUGCGAUGCCGAAGGCGCCAAAGUACUCGGACUCUUUCAUCCCUCCCGGAUGUGACGACGGCGAGGAGUACGAGGACUCGACGCGCUACGAAGAUGCGAUGACUCGAGGUCAUUGGGUUCCUCCGCGCUUGCGGGGCCGCAAUGAGUCACUCAUCGAGGCCGUGAACGACUGGCACUUUGCCAUGCUGAAUGAUUCUCAUCGAAAUCAGUUCUACUGGGAUGCCCUAGCUGCGGUCGUCCAGGGCAAGCGCGUGAUCGACAUAGGCUCUGGAAGCGGACUCCUGUCUUUGAUGGCGGCGAAGCUGGGCGCGAGUUCCGUCGUCGCCGUGGAGGCUUCCAAAGAUAUGGCAGAGCUUGCCAGACUGAAUGCUGAGCGCAACGGGCAGGAGGACAAGAUCAAGAUACUCCACGCCCUCAGCAGCAAGGUGCAGCUGAGCGAAGAGGCCCGUGCCGAUGUCAUCGUCUCGGAGACACUCGGCGCACUCAUGCUUGGAGAAGGAAUGCUCGACUACAUUGCUGAUGCACGGCUUCGCCUGGCGCAGCCUGGAGCGAUUGUAGUUCCAGCUGGUGGAGCUCAAUUCGCUGCUUUGGUGGCUUCAGAUUCCUUGGCAAUGGUGUCCAGUGUGCAGCCGGAGUGCAGUCAAGGCUUCGACUUGUCGGCCAUUGGCUCUCUGCAGGACACCGGCAAGAUCUUCUUUACGAAGCAGUGGGGCUUCCGCCUGAACACUCUUCCAGACCUGGUUCAGAUGUCGGACCGCGUCUGCAUCUUUGAAGUGGACUUCCAGAAUGGAGACAGGCUGCUCAGUAACGCAUGCUCCGUGUGGUAG